UUUCUCACAAAGUGAUAGGCUGAAAGGUUGCACUUGUCACUAUUUGUUGUCCUGCAGCUGUCAUGUUCUAUCACUCGGUUAGAUGAUACUGUCAGGUCUAUGUUCCUGUUUGAAGGUGGUUGGAUACUCAACAUUAUAUCAACUGCAGUGGACCAGAGACAGAGCUCAGAGAGGUACCAGGUGAAGUCACAAAUCAGAGCUACGACUCAACUACUUGUCAGUACUGUUGGAAUCAUACAGUAGAUAUUACCAUUACAAGUCAGUUAGAAAGGUAAUAAAACAGUUAGUUAAGAUGGAUGACAACGUCAACAAAGAGGUUGUUGAAAUUGACAAGGUUAUUGAAGGAAACCAGAAUGGAGCAAUGAGGAGAGUGACAACUGAGACACAUCCCUCAGCACCUGACGGUUCAGGGAGAAGACUCUACGGGAUGGUUGCUGUAAGCUUUGGGAUGCUGUGUGUUCUACAAGUCGCUCUCAACAUCUCCAUGCGACUAGUCUCAGACAGUCUGACUCAAGAGAGAAACCAGUUACCGGCCAGUUACAACGACCUGAUUAUAGAGAGAGACCAGCUCCAGAAGGAGAAAGACUAUAUUAUGGGAAAGUGUUCUAAUCCUGGCUGGAACAAGUUUGAAUCCUGUUGGUACUUUGUCUCUUCUGAGAGUAAAACCUGGAGUGAGAGCAGACAGGACUGUAUGGAGAGAGGAGCAGACCUGGUGAUCGUAAACAGCAGAGAGAAACAGAGAUUUCUAUUUGCCCUCAACAAGAGAGCCUGGAUCGGUCUGACUGACAGAGAGACUGAGGGGUCCUGGAAAUGGGUUGACGGCACACCACUGAGAACAAGGUACUGGAUAUUCGACCAGCCUGAUAAUGGAGGAAGUGUUUCAACCUUUCCGGGGGAGGACUGUGCUGUACUACACAAUGUACAAUACCAGCCUGAAAAGACAUGGAAUGAUUUAAAUUGUGCAGAAAAACAUAUCUGUAUUUGUGAGUUGUGUAACAAUAACCUCCUGUAACUACCCAUCCACCAUCUCUAUCUCUCUCUAUGACUCUCUGACUCGCCCUUUCUCAAUCUGUCUCCAUCCUUACUCGUUCAUGUUUGUUUCAUUCUGAACAUAGGAAUCAAAUUCCCAUUUACUUCCUGGGAUGCAUUAGUAGCUUCCUGUCUUCAGUAGUUAAAUGGACACAUCAGACACAGACAAUGAUUGAGACACAACACAAAAAGUAAACAGCUGCAUUAGAACAGACAGAAGGGACCAGUAUGAGGUUGUUAAGUCAGUACAGUCGACUCCUGAUAGGUGCACAUCAGAUAAGUGCAAGACCUGGGUUCAAAUACAACUUGAAAUCUUUCAAAAGCUUUGAGUGUUUGCUUUAGCCUGCCUUCAGUGCCAGGUGGGUACUGGGGCUUUUCUGUUGCAACAGAAGUAUUUUAAAUAGUUCAUACAGAGAGGCAUUCUGGCAGUACUCUUUAGACACUGGAUCCAGAGGGGUGAAUUCAUGAUUUUUCUCUGUGCUCAUUUCUAUAAUGUUGAUGCCUUGAUAUAUUAGGUCUCGUUGUCUCCGGAUUCACAGACACCCAAAUAUCCCCUAUGUAUAUUUUGAAAUGGCCUAUUGAUUAACGAGACAAACUCUAUCUUAUUAUUUUGUGCUAUAUUUUGCCAUUUUCCCUGGAACAAGUUAUUAUAAAUUGUUUUACAUUGUGUCUCAAUGGGCCACUAGGCUAUAAAUAGAAUCUAUGUGCAAUGGUCAGGUCACUCUAAUGAAGAUGUCAGCUUGACGUUGAAAUGUCAGUCACCAGUUCACAUCCUGUGCAAUGUAUUAAUGUGAGCAAUAAGAAAUCAAUAUGUCUUUAUUUGUUGACUGUUCCAACUCCUUUCACCUCAAAUUAGUCAUUUUGGAAGUGUUCCUUGGCAAACCAUUCUCAUAUAGUAUUUCAUCCCAGGUCUGGUAAGUCUACACUACCACUAUGUUUAAAGGAAAA